AUGGGUUGUGGCCUCUCAACCAUGAAUGGAAAUGAUACAUCCCCGGAUCGACACCAUUUCAAGGGUCGAUUUCGCCAUCAAAAUAUCAUUGAUUCACCCAUUGUGAACCACAAUGACAACAAAUUUAAUUAUGAUAUUAUUGACAAUGAUGGCGGAAAUCAAGAAGCAACGAGGAAGGAGGAAGGGUUGAAUGUGGAGAGAUUGAAAGAGAAAAACAUUGUGGAAGAUAGAAGAAAUCAAGAGGAAAGGAAUGAAAAGAAUGUGUUUGUUAAUAAAGAGAGACAAGGAAAAUUAGAGGAAAAUGCUAGCAAUAAUAAAAAAGAUGUUGGAGCAAAUUGUAAAGAGGAGGAGAAUAACAAUAAUAGGGAAAAUUGGUUUAUUGGACCUGGAUCACCAAGUUUUAGAGAAUAUUGUAAUGAUUAUGAUUCUGUGAAUAGAAUUCCUAUGGGAGAUUCUAAUGAUUAUUUUCAAUCUGGAGAAAGCGCAAAGAAUAGUAGUGAUGAAGAUUCAACAAAACCCGGAAAUGAUUAUUCAAAAAAGGAAAGACAGAAGAAAGAGAGAAGAGAACGAGGGGGAUUUAGGAAUGCUUUGCACAGAGGAAAGUGA